AUGUCUAGUGCUCUCCAAGCGGUGCCCCAUCACCCAACGCCAACAUCAGCAGCAUCACCGCAGUUCAAUCGACAAUACCCGCCGGCCCAUCCAUUUCCGACGCGGGACAGUCCCGGCUAUCAUGCAAACCAAGAGGCCUCGGGGUCAUCAUCGUUAACAUCUCCUCCUUCGCGAGGCUAUUCUCACGGCUCCAACGCCGGAAACGACGGGGCGUACCCCGACCCGACCGCUCCAAUGAGUUCCCGCACCGCUGUUGCGUCGCCCGUGUCGCCGUUCCCCACGGCGUCGGGCACGGAUUCCCCCGACCUGCACACAGAACGAAGGCGAAAUAUGCCCACCGCUGUCCCACCGCGUACUUCAAGUUCUCGGCGCACUCAACAACAACAGCCACCUCAGCAACAAUCACAAUCGCAGCCACAGACUCAGCCACAGAUGCAGCAGUACCAACAACACCCCGACCGCUCCAAUGAUCCGUCCCGCCGAACCCACGCCGAUUCUGGUCGCGAUGCGAACGGCAGGAUAGACUCGUCGUCCGACCCGAAUUCUCGAAGCCGGCGGUCAAACCAAGCACCCCAGGACCCGUAUGGGGUGAACGGCGCCCGCGACCCCCGCGGAAAUCCGUCAGCCGCCGCUCCUGCCCGCUCACCGCCUUCGAAUUCGCACUCCGCCAACGGACCCUCGAGAGAGGCUAGCGAAAUCCUUAACAGCGUAUUGAUAUCCCAACCCGAAGUCGACAUUGAACGCGAGCGAGAGCGUUUGGCCCUGGCCCAACCCCACCAGCCCGUCGAACUACGAGACGGCGAUGGUGCCGCUUCACCCCCGGUGGUGGCUAUGGCAGACCCGACGGAAGAGACAAGGCGUGGCGGUAGGAGCCGACACGACCACUCGAAGCGGGAAAAGCAGACCAAGUUCGGCGAGUUCAUCCUGGGCAACACCAUUGGCGAGGGCGAGUUUGGAAAAGUCAAACUUGGCUGGAAACAAGAAGGCGGCGUGCAGGUCGCCAUUAAACUUAUCAAAAAGGAUCAGUUGGGCGGCAACCCAUCCCGCAUGGCCAAAAUUAUGCGUGAGGUGGCCAUCCUGAAACAACUCACCCAUCCCAACAUUGUACGGCUGCACAAGAUGGAAGAAUCGGAUAGACACUACGGCAUCGUCCUUGAGUACGCCUCUGGAGGCGAGCUGUUCGACUACAUCCUGAAUCACCGAUACCUCAAAGAUAACGCCGCGCGCCGGCUAUUUGCCCAGCUCGUCUCCGGUGUCGGGUAUCUCCACAAGAAGGGCAUUGUGCACCGCGAUCUGAAGUUGGAGAACCUACUGCUUGACAGGAACCGCAACAUUAUCAUCACUGAUUUCGGCUUUGCCAACACAUUCGAUCCGCAUGAGGACCUGACGGAAGAGGAAGAGUUGAACCUCACGGAUCGCGAGUUUGUCAAACGCAUGGGCCUGGACAGGGUAAAGCCCAACGGCUCACGCAAGGGCGACCUGAUGCAGACCAGCUGUGGCAGCCCUUGUUACGCAGCACCCGAGUUGGUAGUUAGCGACUCCCUGUACACGGGGAGAAAGGUUGAUGUUUGGAGCUGUGGCGUCAUUUUGUACGCGAUGCUUGCGGGUUAUCUGCCUUUCGACGACGACCCGGCUAACCCCGAAGGAGACAACAUCAACCUCCUGUACAAGUACAUUGUCAACACCCCACUCACGUUCCCCGAAUACGUCACCCCACAUGCGCGCGACUUGCUGCGCAGGAUCCUCGUUCCGAACCCGCGCAAGCGAGCCGAUCUAUUCGAGGUCGCGCGCCACAGUUGGCUUAACGAGUACGCCCAUGUUGUCGAAUUCAUCACCUCGAGUACCACCAGCCCUAGGGAUAUCCAGAACACGACGGUGCCGGCGGAAGACGAGGAGAACCCCACCCUGGGUCGGAGCUCGUCCGUGCGGGAGGCGUCCAAGAAGACGGCUGUGUCUCCCACGAUUGGCGGUCUCGUCAGCAAGCAGGGCACUAUUGAUGCUGACGCAGAGGCUGCGACGAAUGCCAAGCAGCAGAGGGAUAACAAGCGUCGCACUGUACAAGUCGAGUAUGUUGCACCGAACACGACGACACAGCGCGGUGAGGCGUCGGGCACACAGCCUUCCGGCAGCCGCACAGGUACCCGCUCGGGUAACCAAGGAGCCGUGGAUGCGGCAGAGGCUGGUUCGUCGUCAGGGAGGGAGCGGCCCGUACCGCAAGCCCAGCCGGCUGCGUCCGAGGCCUAUGCCAAAGCUCCUGUCGCUCAGAGGAAACCACCAAGCGCCCAUCGCAACCCGAACUCUUCCGCCGCGCGCAGUAGCCGUGAGGCACCCUUUAAUUCGUCUGUUACCAGUACCUCUUCCGCCCGACCCGGCACCGGGGGUUCCAUACAAUCUGCAGCCUCGCGGAACCCUGGAGCCAACACGAAGCCUUCCUACGGCCAACCGGCGCCGCCUGAGAUUGCAGAUACGAACGCGCAUGGGAGGAUCCAGCAGCCCCCCAGGACCGCAAGCAGUUACGGUAUUCCUAGCUCGGCGACGCAGCCCCAGGUGCAAGAUUAUGGGCGCAGCAGCAUAAGCACGGCGCCCAAACUUGCUGGGCUCUCUGGCUUUACCCCUGAGGCAGGCGGGGCCGGCGCGAGCGGUGUGCCGGGAGGGGACGCGAAGGGACACAAACGCUCGAGCACGAUGGGCGAUCUUGGUGGUAGGCUUUUUGGGCGGAGUGGGUCGUUGUUUGGCGGUAAGAACCGCAAACGACCGGACCCGCAGUCGACCGCAGAGAAGGGGAAGAAGUAUCCGCCUAUUAGCAUGAACAACUCCCUAUCUGGGGCCGAUGAGGGCCGGGCAUCGGUAGACUCGAAGCGCUCACGGCGGUCUUUCUCGAUCGGCCUGGGCAAGAAGACGUCCGGGAGCAUCACGGGUGGCUCGCAAAAAUCACAGGAGAAGAAUGCCAGACGAUUUUCGUUUAUCCCGGCAUCUUUCUCGCUCAAGGCCAUCGGUAUCGGCAAGGAGGACCCUCGGCUCGACUCGCAGCAAGAUUUACCCAUCCAGGAACCGCCAACCUCCGAGGAAUACCGACGUUACGUGGAACAAAAUGUGGACCAAAACGUCGAGGAGGCGCGUGAGCAACAGGUUGAUGCGUCCACUUUGGACGGAAUGUACGCUCAGCUCCACGACCACCACCAGCAGCAGCCGCAGCCGACGACGGAUCCCUAUGGACGCCAUCCCGAAUAUUCCUCCAACGGAUAUGGACACCCAUCAUCAAGUCAGGGCUUCAUGCCUGCCCCGAUCCUCGGCGGUGCCGACUCGGACGCCUCCGUGGACAAUGUCCGCCGCCCCGCCGGCUCGGCCCCACAACUCCCGCAACUUGCCCACCAGGAUGACGGAGGAUACGACGCACGUAGGGUGAUCGGCCCCGGAUCUGGCCCAGCUCCCACGUCCAUUCCCAGUCCCGGCAGCAAGUCUGGUCGGGGAGUGUUGCAAAAGAACAAGCGGUUUGUCGAUGCAUGGGACACCGACUCGUACUCACGUGGUCACGAUCACUCUGGGAGUAGCGGUCCCGCGAGAAAGGUUAUGGACUUCUUCCGGAGGAGAAGCAAGGCCAGAGGCACGGAGGCGGGGUAA